AGGCGUGACUUGAGGCGUGUGAGACAAAGCAGUGACGACAAAGGCAAGACAAAGUAUCAUUCUCCACUAAAGCUGACUUUUUUUUCUUCUUCUUCUUAACCUUAUCGCCAAAAAAUAAAAUAAAAGCAUCAUACAACAACAGCGACAUUUCGACUCCAACUUACAUUACAUCGUCGUGAUCAGCGAAAUUGAGGUUAUUAGCAAUGGCUAGGUCAGGGGUUGAUGAGACAUCAGAAUGUGGAGCUUUUGUGAGAACAGCAUCUACGUUCCGAAACUUUGUUUCACAAGAUCCUCAUUCUCAGUUUCCAGCUGAAUCCGGAAGAUAUCAUCUUUACAUAUCUUAUGCUUGUCCAUGGGCUUGUAGAUGUGUUUCUUUCUUAAAGAUCAAAGGGCUUGAUGAAGCUAUCAGCUUCUCGUCGGUUCAUGCUAUUUGGGGAAGAACCAAGGAAACUGAUGACCAUAGAGGAUGGGUUUUCCCGGAUUCGGAUACCGAGCUCCCUGGAGCUGAGCCUGACUAUCUUAAUGGUGCAAAGACUGUGAGAGAGCUCUAUGAAAUUGCUAGUCCGAACUAUGAGGGGAAGUACACUGUUCCUAUUCUGUGGGAUAAGAAGCUCAAAACUGUAGUUAACAAUGAGAGUUCAGAGAUAAUCCGGAUGUUUAACACUGAGUUCAAUGGUAUCGCGAAAAACCCGUCACUUGACCUUAAUCCUUCUCAUCUCAGAGAUAAAAUCGAUGAGACUAACGAAUGGGUUUUCAAUGGGAUAAAUAAUGGUGUUUAUAGAUGCGGGUUUGCUAGGAAACAAGAACCCUAUGAUGAGGCAGUGAACCAGUUGUAUGAAGCAGUAGAUAGAUGCGAAGAAAUACUUGGAAAACAACGAUACAUCUGCGGAAAUACUUUCACGGAAGCAGAUAUCAGAUUAUUUGUCACUUUCAUAAGGUUUGAUGAGGUUUAUGCAGUUCAUUUCAAAUGCAACAAGAGACUCUUACGAGAGUACCCGAAUAUCUUCAACUACAUAAAAGACAUCUACCAAAUCCAGGGCAUGAGUAGCACUGUGAACAUGGCACACAUUAAGCAACAUUACUACGGAAGCCACCCUACGGUAAACCCGUUUGGGAUCAUCCCUCACGGACCGAACAUCAACUACUCUUCACCUCAUGACCGCGACCGAUUCUCCUCAUGAAAAAUCAAACAUCAAAGAUCACUGUUUUAAGACCCCUGUUCUAAAACUAACAGCCUUGAUAAAUCAUGUCUCUGUAUUUUUAGUCUAGAAGUUGAUAAAACUUGUGAUAAAAUGUUUCAAGUUAUGUUACUUAUGUUCUACAUUUUGAAAAAUACAAUUUGUAUGUUUUGAGAUUUCGACACAGAUCAUCUUCUUUUAGAAAAGUUUCUUGA